UCCUUCGAAUUUUUCUUCAUUAUUCAAAUUUUAUUGUUCGAAUUUUCAAAAGUUUGAAUCUUACUCAAUCUAUGUAUUGUUGGUUGCAUACUCAGGCAAUCCCAUUGCUCCUUGUAUCUAUGGAGUGAAUUUGUGCUUCCUAAAGAUUUGAAUUUUUGAAUUUUUAAAUCCUCACUGAUUUAUUUCGUUUUUACGUCAUUUCGUAAAUCGUUUAAUAUUUUACCGUUGAUAUACAAUACUUUAUUUUCACACAUAUGUUUUCGAUAUUUCGUGCUUUAUGGAAAGACCAUUUAUGAUACUUAAAUUUCUAACCUUCAUACCUAUGAAGUACUAUGUAUCAUGCAAUAUUUACACAUCUGAAAAAUUAAAUUUUACUAUGAAUAGAUUCAUUUUAAGCAUUACACAGUAUAUGUGAUGUAAAAACAUUAAAUAAUGACAGUUUCAAUUGAAGUGUAGUAUUCAAUAUUUUGUAGUAAAAUGAAGUAACACACAAGUUUAAGGAUCGAGCGUAAUCAUGUCUGUAAAUAAGGGGCAGAAUGCUAGAGCUUUGGUUGAACCGCUUGCUCUUGACUCACGUACACUUGGCGAUGGAGAUUUGAGUGCGUUGAGUUUAUCGCAUAGUAAUGAACAAUAUUCAUCCAAUGACUUUGAAGCAUUUGCAAAUAUCCAAGCUGAAUUAGAAUGUAUGAAUGCGGAAGAAGUAAUGACAACAGAUGAAGAACAUAUAAUAAUUGAGCGUAAUAUUGAGGCUGAAACAAUUGUACCUGAUGUGGAAAUGACUGAAGUUUCUGACCAAGCUCAAGAAGAACAUAUUAUCUAUACAACAGCAAAUCAAAAUAAUCAAAAUAUUGUAUUCCAAACGAAACCAACAUUGCAAAGGCUUCCAGCAUCUACAGUACAGGUAAAAUCAAAUGUUGGAUCGGCAACACAAAGUCAGUCUAUUAUGAUAGUUUCUCCAGCUGGUGGGCAAGGCACUAGCCAAAUUUUAAAAAUUUCACAUCCAUCAACAGCAUCAGCAGGACAGUUGCAAUCGCUAGCACAGACUCUUAUAGCAAAGUCUGCAGAUGGUAAUAUAGUUCAAUUAAGAUCAGCACAACCUAGUAAACCGGUAAUGGCAACUAGCCAUUCAGGAAACAUUACAUUAGGAAAUGUUCAGAAUGCGAAGACAGUUCAAUCAGCUGUAAAACGAACAGCGCAAAGUACUCAGCAAAACCGAAAUGUAUAUACAAAAAUGAUAUUAGCUGGUAAUCAAACACAAUCAGGACAAGUUCUCAUAACUAGUUCACAGAAUGAAAGUCAACAAACACAAGCAAUAAAAUUUUUAAAUAAUACUGUUUCAAGUCAAGAUAUUACAAGUCCAACAAAAACUAUAACAUUGGCACAGGCGCAACAAAUGGGAUUACUUUCUACUAAUAAAGUUCAACAUAUUUUACCUUCGUCACCGCAAAAACAAGGGAUAAUUGUAAAUAAAUUAGUGCAAUCUUCAAGUACUCAGCCUUCUAAAGUAACUAUAGUUCCAAGCAGUACAAUCAAAUCUCCUACAAAAAUAUUACCUGCUCCAACAUUGGGUUCCCAAAUUAAAACUUCUGCUAUAUCAAAUCAGCAAUCUACAUUUUCCUCUAAUAAUAAACCAUCUGUACAACAGAGUCCACAGAAAGUGAUUAUACGUCAGAGCUCUUUAAAACCUGGUACUGUGCUUGGGAGUGGACAAGUCAUUAGAAUACCAGCUAAUCAAAAUAUUGUAACUGGAUCUAAUCAAGUACAUCAAAUACAAAUGCCUGGAAGACAAGUGCAAUAUGUAAGAUUAGUUAGUACUCCAUCUUCGGGGACUACAAAUGUUGUUACUGUAGGUAAGACGAAGUCGCAAACAACUUUGCAAACUGUUGGUGUUAGUCAGAAAAUUGGAGGUCAGCAACAAAUUGUUAAGGUAGUUCCAUUAAAUACUAGUAACCAGUCAUUAAGGACAGUUGCACCUAAGGCUACAUUAACGAGUAGUGGGCAAAGGUUAUUAAUUCCUGCAACUGCUACAGUAGGUAAUCAAUCGAAAAAUACGGUAGCUAUUCCAGCAUCAGCUUUGAGUCAAUUAGCAUCUGGACAGGCAGUACUUUCAACCAAUUCAAACGUGGGAAACAUUGUGGUUCUACCAGCUCAAUACAUUCAACAACAGACGUCAGAUGAAGUGAAACUGAAAUCUCAACAAGCUACACCCAGUCUAUUGAGCAAUUCACAAAGUUUGCAAACCUCGACAGGAAAUUUAUCAGUAGGAUCUGUUAUAGAAAGUAAAGGUUCUCAGAGAUCCUACACCAGUGUUGAGCCUAAUGGUAUUAGGCCAAGGAAACCAUGCAAUUGUACUAAAUCACAAUGUCUUAAACUAUAUUGUGAUUGUUUUGCGAAUGGAGAGUUUUGUCAUAUGUGCAACUGCAAUAAUUGUUCUAACAAUCUUGGAAAUGAAGAAGAGAGACAACGUGCUAUCAAGUCUUGUUUGGAACGUAAUCCAAAUGCAUUUCGUCCGAAAAUUGGUAAAGGUCGUGAAACUGGUGAUGAUAUACGUAGACACAAUAAAGGCUGUAACUGUAAACGCAGUGGAUGUUUAAAAAAUUAUUGUGAAUGUUAUGAGGCUAAAAUUCCUUGUUCCGCUAAUUGUAAAUGUAUAGGAUGCCGUAACGUAGAAGAACCGAAUUUAGAAAAGAAAUCUUUGAAAGAUCUUGCAGAAGCAGCUGAAGUUAGGACGGCGCAACUCACAUUGAAUAAAGCAAAACUGCAAUUAUCUGAAAUGGCUUUUAGACCACCCGCUACCUCUAAUACAGGCGCAAGACAACCAUUCAACUUCUUGACUGACAAAGUAGUUGAAAUAACGUGUCAAUGUUUAAUGGCUCAAGCCGAUGAAGCAGAACGAAACAUGUUUGAUGAUGAAACAUCUCAAAGAUUAAUAAUUGAAGAAUUCGGUCGGUGUUUGAAAGAAAUCAUCGAAUCAGCUCAUAAAGCUGAAGCUACCUAGCAGGUACAUUUUGAGAAACAUAACAAUAAGAAUUUACGAUUUAUGCGAACGUAUUCUGAAAUAAGAAAUUUAGACACAUUGAUUAUCGGUACCUCCUAAUCUAAUAAUUGGACAUAAAUCUUGCAAAAUUGCAAGCAGAAGUGUUAUAUACCAAAGAUAAUGGUAAAAAUAGUAGUACGUAAUACAUUCAACCGGUUAUUACUUUCGCUAGAUGGGAUUUAAAGAAAACUAUAUUUUCAUGUGUCUAUUGUUUAUAAUUAUAAAUCAUAUUUCUUAUAAUGCAGCUUACGAUUAAGUAACUUAUGAAUAAAGCUUCUUAUCUUCGGGUUUAUCAAAAAUAUGAUUAGUAAUUAUUUUAACUUACAAUGCUAUAAAUGUUUUCUUGCUAUGUAUUAGUUUAUGCAAUGAAAAAAAAUAUAGAACCGACACGGUUGAAUGUAAUAUGACAUUAAAAUGUUUCAACGAUAUUAAAAUUUGUAACGCGUGUAUAAAAUUAAGCAAUGUAGAACAUUUUUAUACAUUUACUAUUCAUCUUGAAAUAUUAAUAUCUGAGAAGCAUCUGUUAAAGCCCUUGUAUACCAUAACAUGCCCCGAGACAAGCAAUGAAUUUUAAUCUUUUUCACUUUUUGUAUAAUAUAUUCGUAUGUUUAUAUAGUACAAGUAUUGAAAAAGACUCAAACUUAUUACUUAUCUCGAGCCAUGCACCGAGACACAUCUCAUCGUGUGUUAGGGGCCUUUGCACUUGAUUUUUUAGUUACUUAUUUCUAUUACUAUCAACAUACAACAAUCUUGUUUUAAUGCAAAAUUUAUAUGUCUGUAGUAUACUCUGCACGGCAAAGAAUUUUUACAAAGUGUCGGUAAUAUUUUAUUUUUUAUUUAAAAUGAUGCAAAUCAUGAGUGCAAAAGUCCAAGAGAUCAAAUUUUUUGGAUUAAGUAAAUUAUGGUUACGUUAGAUUAUUUUCUAUCAUACGUUGAUUUUAUCUAUUUUGAGGUAUAAAUCUGAAAUCAAUUGGUCUUUUUUCUGUGCAAAUAUUUUACUAUUUAUAUUUCAAAGAUGAGAGUGAUUAUAGAUAGUAAAAAAUAUUAAAACAAUUGAUUAGGCAAUUACCAUUGUCAGCAUAAAAAAGAUUGAGGUAUUCGAAAAAAAAAAUUUCGAAAAUCGUUUGUAAAUGACAAUUGCAUUUUUCUGAUUUUCUGUGUAAGAGUAUUUAAAGUUUGAUUUUCAUUUGUAAUUUGUGAUGUUAGAUUUAUCUUUGAUGAAAGUUGAGGAACCUUUAUACUUAUAAUUUAUAUGUGACCUAAAGAGUUUCUAUAAAAAGGGGGAUUAUUAAAUGUUUAAAGUGAAAAUUGUCAUUUUCCAUGUAGUAUUUCAUACGUUUCCUUAUUAAUUCGAUUGCGAUAUAUAAUAUCGCAAACAUUCUAAUUCGAAGAUAAUUACAUUUUUUGUUAUGCAAUAUGUUCAGUUCAUUCGUGUAUAUACACGUUAUUUCCUUAACUACUAAAAAUACAAGAAGUGUUUCAUAUGAAAGUUAUUUAAUUUUACGGGGGAAACUUAUGAGGAAAAGUAUAAAACAAACCGAAAUACAUUAUUUAGUGACUUCUAUGAAAUCGAAUAACUUUCAUAUUUUUCAUGUGUUCGAUAGUUUAGAAAAUAAUAAGAUGUACACAAAUAAAUAAGACAUAUUAUAUGUUGGAAUGCGCUCGUUACAUUCAAGUUUACAUCACUUUAUAUUUCAUUGUAUAUUGUUUAUGUACUUUAGUACACAUGCAAUUCUAAAUAUCACUUGUUAUUUAAUUAGCACUACAAUGAAUGGCAUUGCAGUGAAAAUGAAAAGAUCAACGAUAUAAUUAUUUAAUAUAUUAACUUCAUGAUUGAUACAUACAGUUGCGUAAAUUUCUUUUUCAUUAUGCACUGAAUAAAUUAUCACUGCAGUAGUACCACUAUUUGUCUGCCAUUAGGGGUGAUGAAAUUAUAACUUAUAUGCAGGAAAUUUAAUAUAAAGGAUAGAAAAUUUAUAUAUUACAAAUAGGGCUGUAUAAGGACAAAUGUAAUAUAGAAGUACAAAUAUAAAUAUAUAUUAUAUAUUCGUAAAAUUCGUACUUCAAAAUUUAUUUUAAGUAUACAAAUUGUACAGAUUAUAUAUACCAAUUCAUAACAUAAUAACAUAGUGAAAAUUGUGAAUUGAUUAUAUAAUUUUACGGCACUGUAUCAAAUUUCAUAUAUUAAAAAGAAAAAUUAUUUCGAUAGUGAAAACAUUAAUUACUUGUUACAUGUCAUUUGCAUAGCAUGUUAAAUGAUAGAAAUAUAGUUUAAAUUAGUGCUAAAUAAUUUUACAAAGAUGCUGAUGUAUAUGUAUAAUGAAUUGCUGAUAUGUACAGAUAAUCAUGUAUUUCUAGGUAUACCUUUGUGACUUGUCUUCUGUACAUAGAAAAAAUCUGAUAUCACAAAGUUAAGUAAGUAAUUUAUUUCUUUUCUUAGAAAAAAGUAUUUAAAGAACUACAGAGUUUCAUAAUUUCAUUGUACAAGUAAUAUGUAAAAAGUUUUAAUUGAUUUAUAAAUUCGUGUGAAAUGUAAAUAGGGAGUACAUAAAGUAAUAAAAUAUUCAUUACAUCUUGUUUGAUAUCAGAUUUUUCAAAAUGGUGGUUUAAUAACACUAAAAUGUACUAAUAAAGGAAAUAUAUAUGUAUAUACAUGUCG